UCAGAAGGUCUGGUAGUUUACAGUGGGAGACCGAAAAUACCUCGACUACUCAUAGGAAAACUACUCAAGCUGCAUUUCGUUCUCCGUGUUCACCCCCUGCAAUCGUCUCCAAUGGUGCUCCCACUACCCAACACCCCGAGGGCUGCCUUCAUCCUCAUCAUCCUCAUCUCCACAGUUUCAAGUCAAGUUGACUGGGACUUUUGUGGCACCUGGCAGCAUGGCAGGGGCUCCCUGAACCUGAACAUCAACCUGACCACAGGCUGUAAUCACAUGUUAAUAUCAGCCAAUGAGAACUCUCUGUCCAUUAGUGGACAGAUCACGGCACAGUGUAUGCGGUCUGAAGUGCUUCCCCUCGACCAGUAUGGACUUCAUUCAGGGGAGGAAAGUGACUUCUGUCUGUACUGGGAACCAUUGCUGGACCAGAUGAAACUGCAGAUUGGUGGGAUGAACCUCACUCUAUGCUGGCCCACUGGUCUACCAGACUCCUGUUGCACUGGUCUGACUGAUGGCCCAAAGUCACCUACAGCACUCUACGGCAUCGCCAAUACAACGAUCAAAGAUGAUCCUACUGCCAUUGAAACACGGACAUUCUACAACUUCACGGGAGACCUCACCAGUUGCAAAACAUUAUGUCCUUCAGUGAGCCAGGCAUCCACCCAAGACAACAUGAACUGUGCUCCCAGCUCUGAGGUGGAGAUGAAGGAGGAUUUCAAAGGCCAAAUCAUUACUUCACCUAUCAUGAAAGGUGUCCCACCAGAGUCUGCCACCGCUGUCUAUCUGCCCCCCUCUCUAAAGCAAGCUGCAAAAAACCACAGCAAAGUAGUCUGCACCUUCUUCAAAAACAACUCCCUGUUCCAGGAUGGUCAUGAGAAGGGCCGGAUUCUCAAUGAUGUGGUGGGAAUCACCGUGAAGAACGAGGUCAUCAAAGAUCUGCCUGAGCAGAUCAGGAUCACUUUCCACCAUGAUGUCAUUCCUAAAAUGCAUUCAAGGAAAUGUGUCUCAUGGGACACCAGGAAAGAUCCUAUAAAGGUGCAUUGGCUGGGUGAUGGGUGUGAGACGCUGCAGAAAGGAGCCAACCACACUGAGUGCCUGUGUGACCAUAUGACUUACUUUGCCGUCCUGGUGCAACUGGAGGAUAAACCGGUGCGCCACCUGCUGGCACUGACCACCAUUACAUCUCUGGGUUGCGCCGUGUCUGUGAUCAGCUGCAUCGUUCUCAUCAUCUUCCUCUGCAGGAAGAGGAAAUCUAAGGAGCAGUCCUUACCCAUCCACCUGGGUUUAGCUGCUUCCCUCACCUUCCUCAAUCUGCUCUUCUUCUUUACUGGGAUCCUGGCCAAUGUGGGAGGGGAAGGUGUGUGCGUGUGGGUGGGGGCAGCCCUUCACUACGCCCUGCUCAGCUCCUUCUUCUGGAUGGGUAUUGAGGUUUUCCACACCUUCUGGUUGGUCCACGUGGUUUUCUACCCCUCCCCGAAGCCAUAUGUCUGGAACCUGGUCGGCUUUGUUCUCCCAGCUGUUCCUGUUAUCGUCCUGGCUGCAGUAGGUGACAUUUACGGCCUGAGAGAGGUGGUGCCGAGCGAUGACGUGUCCAAUCCUUAUCGCAUGUGCUGGAUGAAAAACAACAGCAAGGCCUGGCUGGCACACUAUUUCACCACUAUGACCAUCCUGCCCAUACUGGUGAUCACGGGCAUGGUGAUGCUCUUUCUGGUCUACAGGGAGAUCCGCACCAGGGAUGAAUGGAGGCAGAACCGCGUGGCGUUUCUCAGUAUCUGGGGCCUCAGCUGCCUCUACGGGACAACUUGGGGUCUCACCUUCCUGGACAUAAGACCUCUCUCUGAAUACAUUAUCUUCCUCUUCUGCAUCCUCAAUUCAUUUCAAGGUUUCUUCCUCAUGCUACGGUUCUACAUGCUGGACUGGAUGCGGAAGCAGUCUGGCAGUUCUAGCCUUGGCAGCACCAGCACCGGAUCCACCAGACAACACAUGCUACAAGAGAAGAGCUAGAUGAACUAAAAGAGGUGUGACACAUGUCACAGGGAUGGACUCAAAGCUUCAGCAGUUAAAGUUUAUCAUGUACCAGCAUCAAUAUCAACCAUCAGUUAGUUACCUCUUAGUGCUGUUUGACAAGAGACUUAAUUACUUGACAAGUGACUUGAUUACUUUACUUGACAAGUGACUAGAUUACUUGAUGGGGAAGAAGCCAUCACUCAGGACUCAUUAUACAGGCCUGGAGCCUGUAUAUGUAAAAUACCUAGACUGGCUCUAGUUAUAGAAGGGAAAGAAAUUAAGGGAUUAGAGAUUUUUAAAAAUGUAAAAUAGAGACAAGACAAGAAAACACAGGGAAAUGAAAUGA